AGCAGGAAUGCAGUUUUCUCUCACAGCCCGACCUGAGGUUUACAUUGGUUUGCAUAUAUACACGCAAGAUAUCAUCCAUAGCGGAUGGGCUGUAGGCACAUACAAUAUAGGCAGUACAGCUUGGAUCAUGAAUGUUUUGGAUUAAAAAACACAAAAAUAAGGCUUUUGAAAACGUUGUGGUAUAGUGUUGGACUACCAAACUUACAAUCAGAAGAAGAGUCCCAGUCGCUGCUGUGUUCCGAAAUCUUUAUUUCCCCGACCCUGACGAGCGAUGAUUGUGGCCCUACCCCCGCGGCAGCAUCCAUCACAUGGCAACCUAGCAACCUUGCUCAUAAACCCUCCUCUGCUAUAGCCCUCACACAGGAAAACCUUCACCAGCAUAACAUUAACUGUAAUGGUACUGUGACUGAGGCGACAUCACAAUCUGGGGUUAAGCCUGAAUCUGGAUAUCUACUAAAAGCAGCAUCACUGGGAGAUAACAAUCACAAAUCUGAGCAUGAGGAAAGGGAUAUUAAUUCAAAUUUUAAUUCUAAAUGCUUUAUCAACAACCGUUUGAAAUUUCGCGGAAAUGAUGUUGACAGUGGUUGGCGGAUGUCGGGUUCUAAUGGGUAUGACAGGAAUAGAAUGACUGGAAGCUCUACUGGGAGUGGCAAUUCAAAUUUAAGUCAUAUAACAGAUGGUUCAGGUGCCCAGGGGCACACACAGCCCCUUAUAGCAAGCAGUGAGGGCAUGUUAUUAGGGCGUGUGGGAGGGGCUGGUGGUGCAGGUUUGAACGAUCAUCUCAACACUCGCAGUAUUGUGGCAGGAACCGCUGGGGCAGGUCCCCCGACACAGAUCACUAACGUGUUUCGCUCUCCACAUUCCGUCACAGACCCACAGCGCUACGGACAGGCGUAUACAACUGCUGCAGCUGGUUCCUCAGCAGUUGGAUCAUUUUCUCCACUGUAUUCAGCCACCCAUGGCUCAAAUCUGGGCCCAUUCAGUGCUUUCUAUGGUCAAUAUCCAGCUAGCUAUAGCUCAAGCUCAGUGCACGGAAAUCUGGACCCACAACUCGGUACAUAUUCAGCAGUUUUACAAAGUAUAGGGAAUGCUGCACAGUCCCAGGUGCCGCGUUCACCAUAUUCCCAAGGUGCAGGCAUAAUUGGUCAGUUUUCAUUGCCGUCGACAGCACCAGUCGCAAAGGGCUACUCGAGUGGUAUUUCAUUGUCCACACAUGAAGGGGAGGAGAUGCGCUACAAAAGGGAACAAGUGACGGACAUACAUAGACGUUAUAGCACAAGUGUUAUAACAGAUGACAAAUCCCAUCAGUUCUCUGUGCCACCUAUUUUUGCUGAGCCCUCACGGGCAUCUGUGUCCUCACUAAGAGAAUCACCCAUCAAUAAGCGGGAGCUUUCUUCUUCAGGUGACUUUUAUAAGACUCCCAUUGGGAGAGGUAGCCUCAAACACAGAAUAUUACGCCCAUCAGAAUCUUCUAGUUCCUAUCCAUCUGAAAACUCACAUUGUGCUUUCAAAACAGACGAACCCUUACCAAAAAGGACUAAAACUAUCGACCAAUCAGAAAUAGAAAAAGAACCUGAUCAGCAAAUGUCUGAAUCAGGACUUAAAUACCCGAACCAUUUUAUGAAAGGUUCGAUAAUUCAGCUAGGGAAUGGUGAGCUGAAGAGAGUUGAAGAUCUGGAGACAGAUGAUUUCAUACAUAGUGCGGACAUAAGCAGUGAUCUCAGGAUAGACUCGAGCACCGUCGUGCAGAUUAGUGAGAAUGAGGCUCAGGGUACAUGUAUACUUGGCUUCGUGGUUGGAGAACACAAAGUGCAGGUAAAAAUUGAAGCCCCGCCAGAGCAUCCAUUCUUUGUCUUUGGGCGAGGCUGGUCGUCAUGCCAACCAGGAUGGACCAUGAAACGGUAUGGGCUUGAGUGUCACACACUGACUGUGGGUGAUGUGUGUAUAUCUCUCACUCAUAAAGAAGUAGAUGUCCACGCAGCAGAAAUCUCCAAGCAGCAAAACAAAAUUGAGGGCAGUUCUGUGUAUGAAAAGGAUAUUAUUCAGAAAUCUGCCACCUCCCCUAAGAGCAAGGAGAGCCGAUACCAAUUCAUGGGGCAGCUCUCACUCAACCCUGGUUCGUCUCAGCCCCAAGGUCAAGGUUAUAGAUCUGAUUCUGGACACAAUGAAUUGAGCAGUGCUCCGGUGAAGACGGAGUGUUCGUUUAGUUCCCCUGGCUCUUCACAGAUUCCCAGUUCAACGUCAGCUCAGGAACAUCUACCCUCCCCCACGCCUUAAGCCAAGUGCAUGGCUGUGUAAAAGAACUUUAGCUCAUGUUUGCCCGCUCUUUUUGAAAUAUGAAAACAAAUGUUAGAAGCAAAGGUUUUCUAGCUUGUUUGUUAUCAUUCAUCAAUUAUUACACUGCAUUAAAAUUGGAAUUGAUACAUUAUCAUUCAUAACACUGCAUAAACAUGGGAUGUGAUACUGUGAAAUCAUUAAUGUUCGUGGGGCAUUAAUGUUCGUGGUUUUCGUGGGUUAGGUGAUCCACGAAUUCAAGAUCCCACGAAAUAUAAACCCUUUAUUCACUUUUUCAAUUGCCUUGUUACGUACAUACUCUAGUAUAUUAUUUACAGAGGUCGCAGUAUAGUGUGUUAAAACCUGUCUCACUGUAUAACUUACGAUCAUUAUUCUGUUAAUAUAUUAUAACUACCUUUAACAAAUAAUGAACCAAAUCAAUUAAAUGUGUUUUAUGCAGCAAAUGACAGUUAUAAGCACGUGUGCUGUUAAUGAAAAUCUCCAAGUUUACAAGAUGUGCGUGAUGAGUGUCUGUACUCGAUUUUUUUAUUUAAUGAAAUAAUUAAUCGAUUACUAGUACAUUGAAGGUUACUAAGCACCGAACGUGACAAUAUACGCACCUUUUCGGUGUUUUCACAGUUUGCAAAAUUCUUAAUUAGAAUUAAAUGGCUUCCCCUAUCUGUAUUUAUGAUCAGGGUACAUCUUCUUUUAUUACCUUUAUUCCCAAUUAAAUCAAUAAGUGACAUGGGUAUAUGCACUAAUUGGCAUGUCGUACCACAUUAGCGAGUGUCAUAAACCGAGUGACGUAGAAGACGGAAAUCACGGGCCAGCGCGUGGAUAUUAUGCAGACGAUCUAGGACGAUCGCAUCUUCGAUUUUUUUUUCAAAAAUGAAAAUCCACGAAUUUAAGUACCCACGAAAUUGUUUUUUUUCGGCAAACCACGAAAUUUCAUGCCCACGAACAUUAAUGAUUUCACAGUACUUGAUUUUUUAUAAUUAAAUAAUCAUGCAAUGAUGAGCACAUUGACAUGUUACUUAAAAAUUAGUAACAAAAUUCUGUAAAAAUUGUUUUGAAAUUUGAUAAUCAAAAGGAUAUAAGUUUUUUAAAUAUUUCUCUCUUCUUUUUCUUUGUGACAUUAAUUGGAGCAGCAUUUGAGCUCAGAAUUUCCUUUGAAAAUGAAAGGGAUGCAUGUUUUUUAAGGCAAACCCAAGGUGAAUGAAUUGUCUUUCCUCCAAGUACAUUUAAACAUGACUGUGAUAGACUGAUUUCUCACAAACUAGCCAAACUGUGAAGGUUUUAUCCCAGUUUGGGUUGUUAAGUAGCAUUGGAGCUUAUUUUUAUGACAUACAUGAUACUGCAUACAUGUUUUUGCAAUUGAUGUUUUUUUUCCAUUCGUUUUUUUAAAAAGAUCUUUGUCAUUAAAGAUAUAAGUUCACAAAUGCAUAUAACUUCGGCUAUAUAAAUGUAGGCCCCUAAAACAUUAAUAUGACUGCAUCUACUACACUGCUUUGUGCUAAUCAAAAGGGACAAGAACAACUGAUAUGUGGAACAGAUACUUGUAUUCAAGGACUUAACCUUAUAUGAUUUAGUCUUUAAAAAUCCUCAAAUCAAUUAGAUUUCUUUUAUUGCAAGAUUAAAACUUGAGUAGGUUGGCUUUGUUUAUUUAGAAAGAAAUUUUGUACUUGGAAAUGUAACUGUUUUCUUUCAUGGGAAAUAUGAACAAUUAAAACAAUUCCAGGAGGAAACUCCUUUCUAUUACGUACAUAUUCUAACAAUACAUUUCGAGAUGUUAUGAGGGCAAAGUGUACAGAUAUUUAUACUAAAAUACCAAUGUGUUGUUGAUGUUUGUUACAUCAGCACAUUGAGGCUAUGUUAUAUAUAUAUAAUGUUUUCCUAUUCAUUUAAGCUGUGUUGACAUUUAUCAUAAUUACUUGUACAUCAGAAGUUUUAAAUGUUAAUAUAUCAUUGACUAACUGCAGCUUUAUGAAAAUAUACUAUAUGCUGUAAGCUCCUAUAUUAUAUAUAGCAUUUCAUGUCGUAUAGUCGCGAUAUUUUUUCAGUGAAUUAAGAUUUUUUUUUCAAUGAAUUAAGAAAUCUAAUGAAGAAAUAGAAUGUAUUACCAUUACUAUUUUUUAUGCCCCCACAAAGUGGCGGCAUAUAGGGUUGCCCUUGUCCGUACGUACGUCUGUCUGUCUGUACGUACGUACGUCCCGAAGAUUGUUUCCGAUCUAAUUCUUGAAAACCGUUUGUCCAAUCCUCACCAAACUUUAAACACAUGUUUGUGACCAUAAUAUCUUGAUCAAGUUCGAUAGUCAUGGAAAUCGCUUUAGUCAUUUAGGAGUUACGGCCCUUUUUUGCCAAAAAUACUUCAAAAAUAUAUGUUUCCAAUCUAAUUCUUGAAAAGUAUGUGUCCAAUCCUCACCAAACUUUACAUACAUGAUUGUGACCAUAAUAUCUUGAUCAAGUUCGAUAGCCAUGGAAAUCGCUUUUGUCAUUUAGGAGUUACGGCCCUUUAUUUGCAAAAAAAGACUUGAAAAAUACGUCCCGAAGAUUGUUUCCGAUCUAAUUCUUGAAAACUGUUUGUCCAAUCCUCAACAAACUUUUAACACAUGUUUGUGACCAUAAUACCUUGAUCAAGUUCGAUAGCCAUGGAAAUCGCUUUAAUCAUUUAGGAGUUAGGGCCCUUUAUUUCCCAACAAUACUUAAAAAAUAUCUUAUCCGAUCUAAUUUUUGAAAAGGAUUUGCCCUUGUGCAGAUUAUUUACUAUUAAUGUUUGAAAGAUUAAUUUUGCAAAAAAAUAUUUUUAAUAAUUUUUCAGCAUUAUUAUAAUUAUGAAAAAAAACCAACACAUUUUUGAUAAAUUAUUAAAUAUGUUAUUUUGAAGUAAAUAAGUCAUAAAAUCAGCAAAUUUUUAAAUCUUUAAAUUUCACAAUUUAAUUCAUUGAAUGAGUUCAGAAAAUGUGUUAGCCUUUGACAAAAUAUACACUAAAAUUUAGAUCAUUUGAACAGGUGGUCAUUCGAGAACUGUUGAUCGGUCAAGGCUAAGUCCCGAUCAUUAUUCCUUCUAUUUUCAUGGCGAUGAAUCCAAACCUAAAUUAGUCGCGGACUCGAGCACCAUUUCUGGUCCCAAAUGCACAAGAAUUGUUUAAAAAAUACUUCAUAUCAUUUGAGAAAACCUUACAGUUAUUUGUUCUCACCCAUUCUGUAAAAAGACUGACCAAAUUGUAACCAGAAACAGUUUAUCAAAUUACGACACAAUAACUUGGGAAAUAUCACUUUUAAACAUAAAAUUGAAACACUAAUGACAACAAUACAUUUAUCAUAUCAUAAAUUAACUUUCAUAAGUGUUGAUUUAUUUUUUGGGGGGCCUGCUGACACAAUACAAACAAUAACAAGAUAAACAAUUUUCAAUGUUCAUGUACAUUGUUAUGCGAUAUGAUUCCCGAUCUGAACAUAUGCAAAGAUGUUUUGUUCUUCAGAAUAUAUUUGCCAUUGCAUGAAAGGCAGUUCAUUUAAGGAUGGAAGUUGAGGUUUAAAUAUUUCAUAAUGGACUAGAUGGAAACUUGGGUUGUUGGAAACAUCAGAUCACUCGAGGUUUUAGCUUAUAGGCCCCAGUGUCCUCGAGCGAUCUCAGUUUUACUGUAUAUUUAAAGCAAAAUGUAUAUCGGAUCAUUUUAAUUCUGUUAAUAAGUAAAAUGAAUACUGAGAUAAUAUCCAGUUAGAAUCACAACAUACGGUAAAUUAAAAAUUUGCUUUCUUAUAAAUGGAGACAUCACACAUGAUGUCAUAAUUUUGUUGUAUGCUCAUGACAUCAUUUUGAAUUUAAUACAAAAAGAGACAAAUGUUUUAAAAAUCCGUUUUAUGAAAUCAAGAGGAAAAAAGAAAGUUUUCCUCCAAUAAUUUAAAUGUAAUAUGAACUACUUGAUUCAAAUAAAUCUUUAUCUUAAAAAACAAAUUUAGAAACAAAGGUAUGACUUCUUGGAAUAUUACCAAUUGAGCAAUUAUAGUUUCCAAUGAAAUAGUUUCCAAACAAGCAGAGUGAUAUUGUUAUAUUACAUGUGUGUAAUACAAAAGAAUAAGUGAUAGUUAUAUUAAACCUGAAACUAGGUAUAUGACGUUCUAAAUAUACACACAUUUAAUAAAACUGAAAUCAUCAUAGUAUAUAAUUAUAAGUGUUGAGGUAUCAAUUUGAGUAUAUAUUUAAGUAUCAUAUUACCCACACAAUUCCAACACAAUUUUCUUAGUGUAAAAGCUGACCAGCGAUAUAGCGAGAUGUGUCAAAUACUGUGGGGUCAAUGAAAAGUUUUGAACCGCAGGGGAGAGAACUUCGCAAAUAACUUGAUAACAAUUCCAUGUUAUUACGUUACCUCAAGGAGCAUAAAACAUCUUAGGUUAGAUUUUAAACUUUUUGAUGAAAAGUAGGGUAUUUAAUAAUGUCAUUGUCAAAAUAAGUACACAAUUUUCACUUGGAGUCUAUAUGAAUAUGGUCCCAAGGUGAAAUGGUGAAUAUUUUUAUUUAACUGUUUGCAAUUGUAUUAAAUGGUUUAUCAUACAUAUGACAAUUUCUUGGGUCGAUUCCGGGACAGUCGGACACUAGGGGGGUUUCCCCCGGAAUAUUUUUUUAAUGGGAAACAUCUGUGGUGCAUUCUAGAGCAUAUCUGGGACUAUUUUAGUCGUUUUUAACAUCGGGAAAAUGUACCUAUUUUGACUGCCAAGACGUAUUUUUGACUUGACAUGGGUUGUUUUUUUCUGCAUUUUUUUGAAAAAAUAAAACCACCAGAUAUUUUCCCAGGCUUUAAAUGAAGUGCUAACCAGGAAGAUAUGCAGUCUACUUUCGGUUUCAUCAAAACAGGAAAUAAACAACUAUACGGGCACCUGUUUUCCCGCGCUUUUGAGAACAUGCGUUACAAAAUAUUUAUUUUUUCAUCACAUUUAAAAUGUUUGCAAUUUAUGCCACACAAUAUUUUCCAGACGAUCAAGAAGAUUAUCCAGUCGAUGAGCUUUUUUCGUUUGAAGAUGCAUAUAACUUUGAUAGAGACGUGUCAACAAUCGGCUGUAUAAAGCGAUCACGUGACUUACCAUGGUCUCGUGAUUAAAGCACUCUAUAUAACCACCUGAAAACCCCAUAUCGUCAGUUUUAUUUCGGCGUAAAAAUACACAACGAUAGUUCGAAAAAAAGUUCCAAACACUAAAAUUCCUUAUGGACGCGUAAGUUGUUUGAAGUAUAACUACGUAUCGACUUUGAAAUUUGAAUGGAAUAUGGGAUGUUUUCCGUGUUUUAAUUUUGUUUUUUACUCAUUUUGUCACUUUCUUCGAACUUACCUUCAUGCUCGUUUGUUGGUAAAAUGUGUGAAAAAUAUCAAUUCAUCAAUUAAAAGCUAUCAUUCAUAAGACCAAACAAAUCCAUAUGAAAACAAUGAAUUUGUAUACAAGAACCCUCCCCGACUAGUUAAGCACAACAAAAGGCCAAUAGAUCAAUUAUCGGGUGAUUAUCGAUGACCUCUAUGACACACGUAGCAAUUUACGGAUUAGUGUCAACAUGUCCUGUGUUUUACUACCAGUGUCCGGGACAGGCAAAUAAAAUGACUUACAUUGGUAAAAUUAAGGUAAUCGAUUCCGAGAUUAUUUUUUUCGUUUUUUUUUUAUGACUUUCCGGGACAAACAUGCACCCUCUGUGACAGAGAUACGAUUUCCGGGACAAUCCCGGACGUCCGGGACGUUAUCACAUGUAUGGGUUUAUGUUUAAUUUGUUUAAAAAAACAACCCUGUUUUUCUCAAGUGCUGAUAGUUGCCAUGUUGGUGCAGUAUGUUUGUUUUGUUUUGUUUACAUUGUUGUAGUUUGAAUAUUAAGCAUUCUGAUCAAAGUCACUUCAUAAUCUCUUGGGAUGCAGUCUGUCUGUAUUUCAGUCAGAAAAUAUUACAUCUUUAAAGGAAAAAUGUAAAGGAAUUUAAUACUGAAUGAAAAACAGUGUAUUUGUACAAGUUGAGAUGUACAGUGAUAAAAUCAUUAAAAUUCUAUUUGCUGCUAUUAUACAUACGAAUCUGGAGAUAUUGAUGUCUACAGACAAAUUACUUUUAUAAUGCUUUUUAGUUUGCUUUACAUGUUUUACUCCACUCUAACCCAUGCUGUUACUUUGUUAUUUUAUCAAAAACUUUGUGUAUUUUAGUUUAUUUUAAAUGCAAUCUUCAAUGUUUAAGUAAAAAAUUCCCUUAUCAAUAUUUUAUGAUUUUAAUUGCAGCACAAAGUGUUGCUUGGUUACAUGCAUCAUCUUAGAACUUUCAUGAAAUGCAAAUAAUAUUUCUUGAAUGCCUCCUUUGAAACACUGACAAGUUCCAGUCAAAACAUGGGGACAUGGCACUGAAUUUAAAAGUACUCACAUGAACUCCAUUUAACCGCUAUUUAUAAUUGAAAGCAAUGUUGCUCCUUUAUACUAAAUCAUGUCUCCCUGUUUGGACUUGUUUUCAUUUUGUUAAGUUGUUAUAUUCAUGCUUUUAGAUGUAACAUGAUUAAGUUUGUUAAGAUUAACAUGUUAAGAUUAACAUGAUCAAGUUUGUUAAAGAUAUUAAUUAUGUUAACAGAUGUUGUAGGUAGCUGAUUGGUGUACAUUCUGUGAAGUAUUUGAUCAGUUUAUUGUGAAGUAUCAUCUUGUUACAGAUAAAUAUUCUAUAUAUUGUAUAGAUUGUUAAGUAUCAUCAAGUUGAACUGUGACAUUUAUCAUAGCCAUUCUGGUUUAAUAGAUAAUGAACCAGACUGUGCCUUUUACUGUAUGCCAAACAAAACCAAGACUGAUAUGUAACUAGUAAAUGCAGAUGCCCAUGGAUAAUCCAGUGGUUAGGUAAAAUCAAUGUACAUUAGUACUUGUCCACCAUAGAUUGGGCUUAAAAUGUUGAGGGUUUUUUUAAAUAGUUUUGCCCCUAUAGUUUGUUCUAAUCUUACCAUGUAGUCAGCGAAAGCAGAUGUAAAUGCAUAUGAAAAAUUCUAAGUCUAUCUUUCACUGAGCCUGCAGUGAACAUUUUUGAAAGCCUAGAUAUCAAGGUAGGUUUGAAUAUCCAAAUAGUGUUAUACUAUAAAAUUAAGAAUUAUUUACACAAAUAGUUUUGCUUUUUUUGUUUUGUUUUGUUUUUGCUAGAAAGGGCACAGUCUAGUUUUCUCUAAAUCAAGGUGUUUAUGACAUGAUGUUAGGUAGAUAUUUUCUUGUGCAAUCAUUAUAACUGACUACAAGCAAAUUAAAUCAACACAGUUUUAAA